UGGUUGUUGGGCGCCGAGUCAGCACUGAGUGAGGGUCUGGCAUUUCUGUCGGCAAGGAGGGACGGAUGUGAUUCUGGGCCCACACACCCCUUUGCUCACACCUACUCCGUGCCUGGCUCGCGCGGAUGUAGUUUCCAGGGGUGCAGUGUUAGGGGUCACACCGUGGCCAGGGUGGAUGCGCCCGCGCUUUUUCAGGUUUGGUGUUCUGCUUUGGCGGAGUCUCAGUUCUCAGAAGAGGUCGAUUAGUUCGUUUUAUGCAGCUGCGGUGGUGGUGUGUGUCUGAGCCCCGAAAUGCCUGUUAGAAGGUCACUGAAACUGGAUGAUCCACUAGAAGAAAAUUCAUUUGCUUCCCCAAAAAUCACAAGGAAGAAAAGCAUUGAAACUUACUCUCCAACAACUGGAACUUGUCAAAUGAGCCCUUUUUCCUCUCCCAAAAGAUCUGAAGAACAAGAGCACAGAAAUAGACCAGCAAAUGGAAAGAGAAAAACAAUGAUUCACUUCAAUUUGACUAAAAGAAAGGAAUCAACAGAAGAAGACAAUGAUGAAUUCAUGAUGUUGCUAUCUAAAGCUGAAAAAUCAUCAGAAGAAAUCUUGAAGAUAGUGCAAAAUUUACGUAGUAUACAGGCUUUGGAGGGAAACAGAGAGCUUGAAAAUCUCAUUGGCACCUUCUAUACACCAUGUUUCUUAAGAAGAGAAAUGAAGAAAACCAAAGAACUAAUGACAAGAGUAACAAAACAGAAAUUGUUUGAGAAGAGUUCAGUACUUCCUCACAAAGGCACCUAGAAGAAAUGUACUUUCUAUGAGCAAAACUUCUGCAUCUGCUUGAUCAUAUUUAAAGGAACAGAAAAAAUGUUUGUAAUUAAUCUGUCCAGUAAAUACCAGCUCGUAGCACUAGGCAGGUGCAAGACUAGAUAAAAUUUCUUGCAGCUAAUUUAAACUUUCUACACACACCAGUAGAUAAUCUCAAUGUAAAUAAUACAUUUCUUCUUGACCCUUUAAUGUAACAAGCUAACACAUAUACGAGGACCUUCUAUUCUGUGUCACAUUUCUAGAUAUUUGAAGUACUUGUGGAUAGAAUUACUAAAACAUGUAUGACAGUGCCUCUUUGAACAGUGUUCUUUCUAGAACACUGAAUAAAAUUUAAUGUAAGUGAAAUUAGGUACCAUUUUUCCAUUUAAAAGUACUUGUUCCUUAUUAAUUUACAGAUUCUUUUUUUAAAAAAAUGUAUUGCAAAAUACAAGACUAUAGCCUCUAGCUUAGGGAUGUAUCUUUAUUAUAUAUAUGCUAGUCUUUUUUCUAUGCUCGUAGAAAAAAACAUUUUGAAAGUUUAAAAAAUUUUUACACCUCAUAUGGAAUAUGACAAUGCAUUUUCCAGCACAGACAUUUAAAUGUGAAAUUAUUUUUUAACUAAACUAUCAACUCCCGUCAAUUUUAAAGAAAAGACCUUGGGAUAACGUACAACCCCUUCCAAUUUAUUUUGAAGCAUUAAGAUUUCUUUUACUCUGGGUGCAGUUUGUGUUACCAUCUAUUUGUGCUACUACUCACAAAGUAGAGGAGAAGAAGGAAUCAGAGUGUCCUGCCCUGUAAGUUUUUAAAACCAUUACAGGGGCAUAUGCAGGGAAGAUGCUUUCCUGUGGUGCUUGCCUUAGUGUUUGACAAAAAUCAGUCUAAGAUGUCUUUUAGUUCAGUGGAUCAUGAAAAUAAAACACUAUGAAAAUCUGAAACAAAAUUAACAAAUUAAGGUUAAAAUAACUCAUUUUCCACUUAAUAUUAAGAAUACUCUAUGGUACAAUUCUUCUUAUCAAAUGUUACCAAAAACUAACUUUAGGCUGUAAGCCAAAACAUUUCAUAAAGUAACCCAUAUUAGUUAGGAAACAAAGGGUUAAGUUGUAGAUUGCUUUCAUAUGUAAUCCAAGUUAUUCAGGCAUGUGCUUAAUGCUAUUAAACCAGUUACUGUGUGUUUGACCUCUUGAUAUACUAAGCUUUUGCCUUUCACAACAGCUGGGUCUGCUAAGAAUCAUUUCCCAGUUCUCUUCAUUGUAGAUCAGAUGACUCUCGCUUUAUCACCCUUGGAGGCCGCAUGAAGGACAAAGCAGAAAGAUACACACACAAAACUAAUGUUUAUGUGGGGGGAAGGGAAUGGGAGACAUACUUGGCCCUGAUCUUCCAAUGAACAUAACAGAAGAGAGACCAAUUGAGACUUGAAACCACUGUGUUAUUCUAACCAUUAUUUAGUUAUAAUCUAUCCACCUCCUGUUCCCUUCCUAUUGAACAGUCUCCUUUGGCUGCUCUGACUUUUGUAAAUAUUUCAUUCACUUAGUUAUGGUUUAUCAUUUGGACAGAAUGCUACAUCGGGGAUUCUUCUCCCCUCCUUAAGACCUCAAGGAAAAAUGAUUUCUAUAUACUUCGUAUAUGAUAUAUGAACAUACACUCUAUUCUCUUCAUUGCUUUAAGAAGCAACCCAAGUGUAUCAACAAUGGAGAAAUCUUCAUUUCUCAGAAGUGUUUCUGCCCUCUAAAAUGUACUUCAAAGUAACAUUAGGAGGGUUCAUUUUUUUUGGCAGGUAUGUUAGACAAGGAAGUAAGAUAUUUUUCUAUCUUUUGCAUAACCUAGCUGUUUAUUAAAGCAUCCAUCCUUAUGAUUUUGAAUUUAGCUAUGAGAAAUGCUCUGUAAUUGGCUACUCCCGUGGUCCUAAUAUAUCACUGGGUAUUUCUGCUAUUUUGGAACCUAGCUGCACCAAGUUCAAAGUACAUUCUUAAACUGGUUUCUAAUAAAUAUAAUCAGUAUUUAUACUAUUACAAGUUUCCUUAAGGAUUACAGUGUAAUUCAGUAUUAGAGUGAAUCCAUCUGAAAAAUGGAUUCUUACAGAAUUUACUUAUACCUUGGAUGUUCGUAAUUACUUUUAAAGUUUCUCUAAUUACCUAGAAAUUGGUAACUUAGAACUUCACCUUCACUAAUUUAAAUUAAUAUUGUAUUAAAUUCCAGUAUACUACAAAAUUUAAAAUAGUAUGAAUGAGGUUUUCCCAGCCAGCCAAGAUACUGACAUUUGGGCACAGUGAUUACAAAUGGCGACCAUGGACAGCGCUGCUGAUUCGGCAGUGGCUCAAGGCUGCUGUGCUAUGCUGUGCUGUGCUGUUCUGUCCUAUGCUGUGCUGACCUGCAUGAGUCUUUAUGCACAUUUGCUUUGAGAAAGAAAUACUUCUCGAUUGUUUUCUUCAUCUAAACUCGCUUUUCUUUAUCUCAGUGAGAAAUAGGUAACUUCUUAAAUCAGCCUUUAGCUAACCAUGUCCAAAAUGUACGUGUAUGUGUGUAUGUUUGGAAUUGCACCAUUUUACAUUGUAACACCAUUUAGUAUACUUUAGUGGCUACUUUAUAGAAGAUAUAUAUUCAUUACAUAAUAGUUAAUGAUGAAAAUGACAUUAUUGUAUCAGACUAAGAAUGUUGUAAUAUGAGAAACUAAAAAAUAGAUGUUCUACAUGAAGACUGAAAUAAAGACUUGUUUUUGCUAAUAAAAAGUGAUACUGUAUUAGCAGAACAAGAGUAACCUGAAA